AUGUACAACCGAAUGUCGAACAGCAGAUCCACGACGCGAGAAUCCCUCUUCUCUGGUGCCUCCUCUCGAGCGCAGAAGGGUAAGAAUUUCGACAAUGGAGAGCAGGCCAAACGAUUGUUAGAAGAGCAAAACGACGAGCAGAUCAGCCACUUGUCAUUGCAAAUCACACAGCUGAAACAACUAUCAGGUAGUAUUCAUUCGGAAGUCGUGGACCAGAACCGCUUUCUUGAUGGCAUGAGCACGGAGUUUGACAACACGGAGGGUUUGUUGGGGGGCACGAUGAAGCGCCUGGGCAUUAUGAUGGAGCAGGGUGGAAGCAAACACAUGUUGUAUCUGAUCCUGUUCGUCGUGCUGGUGUUCCUGCUGCUGUACUUUACUAUCCGGUCUCAUUAG